AUGGCUACUAAUGUACUAUCGAUCGAUCAAUCCCGUGUGGUCUACAUUGAAAUCGGUGAGACUAAAAUAGGUCGUAUAUCAUUACCAUAUUCAACUACUGUUGCUGAACUUCGCAUACAACUUUCUGAACGUUACAGCAUAUCGUCUAGUACGCAUUUUGUUGAUUCUAAAGGCUAUCCUGUGUCUACUAUGGAUGAACAGACAAUCGAUAUCAGUCACUUGCUGUGUGAAAAUGAUGUGAUUAAAUUGAAAACUGAUGCAAAUAUUUCAAUUCCAGAAAAAAAGAAAUCAGAAGUAGCAUCAGGACGAUUUGAACUAAAUGUUGCAUCGUCAAAUAUCAAAGAAAUUUCAGCACCUUCAAAAGGACCAACUAUACCGGGUUCGAUGCCGGCUCAUUCGACGAACACAAUCGUUAUGGCUACUCAACUUGAUGACAAAAUGUGGAAAGACGUGUUUGAUACCUGUAGUCUACUUUGCGCCAUUCGAAUAGAUGGAAAGGAACCUAUUCGUGCUAUGCAUCCCGUAUUAGAGUUCAAAGAAUCUGAUAAAUACACACCAGUAUUUCAAGUCCGUGAUAAUUCUUAUAUUCGUGCACACAUGAGAAAUAGAAGAAUGGAAAGUUGUUUUGUUUCAAAUGAUUACUUCGAUGGUGGUAUUGACCUUUCUUGUCCUUGCAUAGGAAUUGGAAUAGAUUCGACAUAUAAACAGUUCAUAUCUAAGACAAACGAAAAAAGAACAAUGUACUCGACGUGUGUUUUUAAUCAUUCACGUGCGAUUGUAGAAUUAAAUUUGUCAUAUCUUGAACCAACACAAGAGUUCAUCGAUGCCAUCGAUAAUGUUCUACAACAAACACCGACAAAGGAUGAUUUAAAAAAUGUUUUUUUAUCUUACGGUCAUGUAUAUCCUCAACGUAUCACUCUUGGUGGUCAUUUGUUUUAUACCGAAGAACAUUGUGUCAAGGGAAAUGUUGACGAAGAAGAGAUCCGAAUAGCUGCCGAGGAUCGUUUUAAGACUGCUUACCUCACACAAACCGAACUUCGUCUUGGUUCUAGUUUUGGGAAUAAAUCAAAAAAAGAAUCAUCUAAACAAGACUCUUCUAUUAAGUUUGAAGCAGUCGGCGGCAACACAUUACUCGCUCGUAAUCCGACAGCAUGGGAAGAGACACUAAGUAAUCCAAUAUUUUGGCGUGUAAUUGAACAAAGUGAAUAUAAAUCAGUGAUUACUCUUCUUAGUAAACAACAACAAGAAGCAAUUUCUAUAUCAAAUGAGAACAUCUUUAUUAAUUCUCACUAA